AUGGAUAGAAAAGUUGAUUUAUCACUUUCUAAUACUCCUAUUACAAAAUCUACAUCAAUUCUUACUUCAAAAUCAACAAAUUCUGAUAAAGUAUUAUCUAAAAAUUCUUCAUUAAAAUCAUCUUCAAGUAUGGUAAAAUCAAUGAGUAGCACUAAAAGUGGACCUAAAAUUACUUUUGAUUUAGAACCAUCUAGUACAUCAAAUAGUAAAAGUAGUGAAAUUGAAAUUUCUAAAAUCAAUCCUACUAAAAAAAUAUCCAAUACUUUAGCAUCUAAAAAACAAACUAGUGCUAUUAAUUUAAAAAAUAAUAGUCAUGAUUAUAUAAAAAAGAAUACUACAGUACUUGGAAUGAUAAGAUCAAAUAUUAUUGGUAUUGUUCUUGUAAUUAUGUUAUUUAUCUUGUCAUUAUUAGUAUUUAUAUUUACUCUUACAUAUUUACCUAAAUUAGAUAAGCAUACACUUGGUUGUGGAUAUUAUGUUAUUGAAAAAUAUAAUAAUGUAUUUAAAAAGGUUAAUGAAAUUGAUAAAACAAAUGUAUUAAUAAAUAAUGGUAUUACAUCAUAUAUUUAUUCUGAUAAAGAAACUACCCAAACACAAAAAAAAUAUGCAACAGAAGCUUAUGAAGAGUAUAGAAAAAAUAAAGAAUUUUUUAGUAAAAAUUGUGAAAAAAUAAAACAUGAAUGUAAAAAUAUUCAUACAUUGAAUCUUGAAGUUAACUCAGAUUAUGAAAAUUAUGCUCCAAAUGAAAAAACAUUAUAUUCAUGGAUGUCUGCACAUGGUUCUUUUGCCUAUAAAAGUACUUUUAUUUUAACUUUUGCUAGUUUUAUUAUAACAAUUGUUUAUAUAAUUGGUCUUGUUAUCAAAUUUAUCUUUUUACCAAAAUGUAAUUCAAUUCAACGUAUUUUAUUUAUGUUUUUUAAUGGUAUUGUAAUUAUUAUAACUAUUUCAAAAUUAAUUUGUACUAUUUUAUUAUACACAACUUUUGAUGCUUUAAAAGAUGGUCUUAUUUUGGGAACAUUUAUUAUGACUGCUAUAAUUAUUUCACUUUUAGGAAGUAUUAUUAUAUUAAUUCAAUUAAAAAAAAUAUAA